AUGGCUGAUUUCAAAGUCAACAAACCAACUCCAUCCCGUCGAAAAGUCCUUACGAGUUACGACGAAGCGUCACGUAUAAACAGCCAGCAGCCCUUGCCUCCAACUCCAAGCGGGCGACACGCCACGAUCCGAUCGUCAUGGACAGCGGUACUGGCAAGCGCCGCCGCCGACCGGCUGGGCGACCUGCCGGACUGCCUCCUGCACGUCAUACUCUCCUACCUCGGGUCCCAGCAGGCCGUGCGGACGUGCGUGCUGUCGCGGCGGUGGAGGAACCUGUGGCGCGACGUGCCCCGCGUCGACAUCGACGAUCGGGAGCUCGUCAACGGCCAGUACAGCUGGGACCGCUUCGAGGACUUCGGUGACGGCCUCCUGAUGUCGAUCCGGCCAGCGGCGGGGCUCGACGUCUUCCGCUUGCACCUGGCCGGCCGCGCCGGCGACACGCCAGGCUCCAAGCCGGGCAUGUCGGCGUGCUCCGCCGGUCACACGCGGCGCCUGACGACCCUGCGGCUCCUCGGUGUCCACGUGAACAUCGGCUUUGUGGAGAAUCUCGGCCAUCUCUGCCCGGCCCUCAAGGAGUUCUACGCCGAGAGGUGCGAUAUGCACAUGCUCUCCGUCUCCUCGCCCACGCUCCGGCGCCUCACCGUCAUCAACACAUACCACACCGGUGCUGCUCCUAGGAUGGUGCUCCCCCGCCUCGCCUCUCUCUCUGCCUCGACUUCUUGUUCAACGGCGAGGAGCGCGAGAGCAUGCUCACAGCCCGAGGAGCAGCAGCCUCGGAGCUGUUGGCGGCACUCACCGAGGCAUCAAUUCGGCUCCUCAUGCCCGCCGGCCGCGGGCGAGCUCUGGCUUCUGAACGAAGCAGCGCAUGAGCCCGCAAAGUUCCCGGUGCUCUCUAACUUGAGAAGCUUGCUCCUAGAAAACUGUGACGUCGGAGGGAACUUACAGGCGUUGACAAACAUCCUCAGGAACACAUCAAACUUGGAGAAGCUUGCGUUGCACCUAUGCAUGUUUGUAGCUUCCCCGAUCGUGAAAAGGAAGAAGGAGAUGGCAUCUUCCAAAAGCCAUGGCGCAACGCCAGUCGCACCCGUUGGUUUUUGGUCCAAGAAGUUGGCAGUGAUAGAAAUCAAGCGCCGACAACAAGAGGAUGAACAUAUGGAUAGAGUUUUAUCAGAAAUCUCUAAAGGGGUGCUGCCUGCGUAA